UAUAUAUUGAAUGAAUUAUGACGAUGGUUUUAAAAUACAGUUGACAAAAAAACCGUUGCUUUUAAUUAAAUUAAAUUUUUGUUUUUUUAUUAUUGUUUAUAUUUUAUAUAUAUACAAAUAUAUUUAUAUGUAUAAACUAAGUGGAAAUUUAAAAUGACAACUGAUGAUAAUAGAACUUCGUAUGUUCGUUAUUUACACAAAGUAAAAGAUAAAGGUCAAGUUCAACCUGGAUUCGAUGAAAUUAUCACAAUUAUCGCUAAUGAAGCGAGAGUUAAUGGAUUGGAAAAUGAAGAUAUUAAUUUAAUAGCAGAUGUACUAAAAAAUGUGCACUUUAGUGCAUCGAAAAGUUCUACUUUAAUUAAAUGCAUGAUUCCAAAAUACAGAAUUUCAAAUAAUUUAUUGAAAAAUAUAGUCCUUUGGUAUAUAAAUUCAUUACAAAACGGUCAAGUCAGCAUUUUAAUUUUGCUAUUGCAGUGGAUAAUAGGAGCAUUAGAAUAUGAUGUUGUGGACCGAACAACAGUGAAUGUAUUUUAUGAAAUUUUCUUUAAUCAUCUUCUACAGAAAGCAAGAUUGGAGGUUUAUUUGGCUCAAAUUAUUUAUGAAUUAACAGAACCUGAGGAUGUUACACGUUUACAUGUUACUUAUCUACUCAAUCUACAAAAGAAUUAUAAAAAACCACAGAAGCAUUUGACUGCUUUACUUUCAUUGUUUAAAUCUUAUAAACCGGAAUUAGUACCUGAGAAAAUAUCAGCAAUUGGAAUUGGAAGUGUAUGGAAAGCAUUACCGAAUGAAUUUCUUCAUGGUUUUGCAGACGCAAAAUCAAGAGCUGCUCUUCAGGAAACUUCUCAAAAGACUAGUCAAAAUUUUAAAUGGUGUACAACCACAGGGUCUGGCAGUGGAAGAAGAAAAGAAUCCAUAUUGCCAUCAGUUGAAUAUUUUAACAUUGGAUCUAGAGUUUUUAAAGAAAAAAGUACAACAUCAAUAUUUGAUGUUUGCAAUGUAGAAGCUUUAGGAAAAUAUCAGAUAAAUGUGGAGUUACCUUGUAAUGCUACAUCAUUACUAACUAACACGGCUGGCUACCAUCUUCUUAUGUUUGCUGAUAUUUCAUAUCAAAAUCGAUUUUCCUACAAUUUGUAUAUUACACUUCGAAGGGCAUUUCUCUUCGAACCUGAGAAAUAUCCAAAACAAGAAUUAGCCAGAUUACUCGACAUGACUUACGAAUUUCUACGAUAUUUACAACAUGGAAUUCCUGUGGUUACUCGUUUUUUACAUGAUUAUUUCUUAUAUCGCAUGACAACGGAACAUCAAAGUAAACUUCUUGCAUUAACACAAUGGAUUCCAUUAUCAUUUACUGUCGAUGAAUUGGAAGAAUAUGUUUUGAAACAUUUGCGAUUCAUGUUUUUUGAAUCCUCCUUGCAAGAGAAAUUCGAAAUAAUUCGAACUUUGAGGCUAAUGUUAUUAAAUAUAUGUGUCAAUCAUUACUGUGGGAAGAGUUUAAAAAAUUCUGAAUCACCUUUUUUGGAUCAGAAGUGUACAAUAAACAUAAAAGAAAUGGUAUCCACGAUUACGAAAUUCGCACAGUCUCUUAUAUUUUCUGGAUACAAUAAUUACUCAAAUUCAUCGUCUUUUAUGUCAGAGGCUUUGCUAUUUUACGAACAGAUGUGUGUAACUGAAAAUCUGUUUUCAAUGAGAACUUGGACAAUCGCACCAACAAAUAUUAUUUAUGGCAGUUUCUUAAAUAGAAAUUGUUUAAUUUUAUCCAGAGUAUGUUCUCUUUUAAUAAAUUAUCGAGAAAGAAGUCAAUAUUUUUCGAAAAAAAAUUUAAAGGAAAAUUUUCCUGAAGAAUUUAAUAAAUUAGAUCUUCAUGCUUAUGAUCUGAUAAAUGCUUUAUGGGAAGGAAAGUCUUUCAGUAAUAGACAACAAGGAGGGAAAUUCUUGAAGAGUCUUUCCGAUAGAGUAAUUGAAAAAUUGUCCAUAAAUGUUUUCGAUGAAAUGUUGUGUUUAAAUCAUCAUUAUGCAACAUUUCCAUAUAAAAUAACAUUUAGUGUAAGUGGCUUAGAAAUCGAAUCAAGAGAAGAUUUAUUCAAAGUUGCCGUUCAUUUUUUCCCUGAAAUAAGUGAAUUUUUAAGAAUAGAGAUUGGACUUGAAACUGUAGAAGGGGAGGAGGUUUAAUAUAUUUUAAAAUACAAA